AUGUUCAUCGAUGCUUGUGAAUAUGAAUCAGUCAAAGUUAAAAUUCCACCUUUGGAUUGUGAGACUAGGUGGAAUUCCAUGUUCUUGAUAUUACAAUCAGCAAUAGAGUUAAAAGCUAUAAUUAUUAGAUUGAAAGAUAAAGAUAAAACUUUCCCGGAUGUACCUAGUAAAGAAGAAUGGAAGAAAGCAAAGUCUAUUUAUAGCGUUUUAGAACCAUUCUAUAAAUGUACUUUAAAAAUGUCAUCGAAUUUUUAUCCAACAAUUAAUAAUACUCACUUUUCUAUCUUGGAUAUUCGCAUAUAUCUUUUUAAAAUGAAAUCUGAUUUGAACAUUUCUGUUCGUAAAAUUAGCUUACCUAUAAUCGAAAAAUUUAACAAAUAUUGGAAAAAUAAUAGCUUACUAUAUAUAAUCGUAUAUAUUCUUGAUCUCUGCUAUAAAUUACAGUUUAUAUCGUUUUAUUAUCAUAAAAAAGAAGAGUAUAAAUUAGAUUAUGUUGAAGAAAAAGUGCAAGAUAUUCAAACAAGAUAA